AUGCCAACCCUCGCGGCUCUACUCGGUCCUUCCCCCGUUCUCUAUGACGGCGGUCAGGGAACCACUCUCGCAGACUUCUACAGCGCGGACACAUCGUCGCCUGUGUGGUCUUCAGCUGUAGUAGAGACCCAUCCUGAAAUCCUUGUCGACAUGAUUGUACGCUUCAUGAAAGCUGGAGCCCGUGUCGUCAAUACUGCUACAUACCAAGCGGCGUACAGCACGUAUGCACUCGCAGGCCAUCCCGAGCCUCAAGAUGCCGAACGCCUGAUGCGCACCGCCGUCCACCUCGCCGCAAAGGCACGAGAUCAAUUCGCUUUGGCUUCUCCCGCGCAAUCGCACGAUGCCAAAAUUGCACUCAGCCUCGGAUCGUUUGGCGCGACGCUCGUACCAGUUGCGCACGAGUUCGACGGAGUGUAUCCUGCCCCAUACGGCCCGGCCACACCAUCCGCUCGGUUUCCUCCAGAACAAGACAUCGAAGAGAAGGCAGCCGAGGAUGCGCUGAUGAACUUCCAUCUCGAGCGACUACGCAUCUACGCCCGCGAUAAGGAGACAUGGAACGAAGUCGACAUGCUCGCCUUUGAGACUGUCCCACUUCUGCGCGAGGUACACGCUAUACGAAGGGCCGUCACUGCGCUGUACGACGAGGGCGCUGAGGAGAAACCGUGGAGCGUGAGCACGGUGUGGGACGGAGGUGCAUUUCCUGAAGCUCAGGAAAGAGAGGUGGAAAGCGCUGUGAAGGAGGUCAUGGACGCGUUCUUCGGAGAGCAUCAAGGCGCGCGGCGGCCUGAUGCGUUCGGCGUGAACUGCACACUAUUUGCAGAUGUAGCACGCAUCGUGCGAGCCGCAUCAAACCAUCUACCGCUCGUCCUCGCAAGUGAUUCUAGAGAGGAGAAGCCGUGGCUGAUGGUCAAACCGAAUGGAGGGAAGGUGUAUGAUCCUGCGGCGAAGACUUGGUCGGAUGAUCCCCGCGCAGGCGGUGAGGGUUGGGAAAAGAGGCUGGCGACACUCGCAAGGGCGACUGAAGCGAUUGGCGUAUGGGGUGGUGUGCUAGUGGGAGGGUGCUGCAAGACGGGAUUCGAGGAGAUUCAGAGGCUUGGGGAGGCGCUGUGA